ACGCGAAGCCCGACGACGGCGCGGUGGCGCAACGGUCCGCGCGGCCGAAAUAAAAACUCUUGCGUUAUCGGCCGCGGCCGAGACCUCCAGGCGGGCCGCUAUCAGCGCGACCUCUCGACACCGCCAGCAGCUCCUGUCAGCGCGCCCGGCGCUGGACCGGACUGAACUGACUGACUGACUGUCUGUCGGCAGUGGCGAGCGUGACGAGUCGCGGCGCGCCGUCCUCUGCAGGGAACAGUUGGAACUGACUGCAGAGCCGCAUUGGUCGCGUCUUUCGUGAUGGGAUUCUUCUUCAGCUCCCUUCUCUGGGAGCUGUUCAUAGUCAUCGUCGCGGUGGUCGGCUACAUCUACUACUUCUUCACGUCCACGUUCAACUACUGGAAGCGGAGGGGCGUCGCCUACGUGAAGCCCCUGCCGAUCGUCGGCAACCUGAAGGACAUGGCCUUCCUGAGGACCACCCAGGCGGAGGGCUUCAAGGACCUGUACUUCAAGUUCGUGGGCGAGCGCUUCGCGGGGCUGUACCAGACCCGCAUCCCCAUGCUGAUGCUGCGCGACCCGGAGCUGAUCAAGCAGGUGCUGAUCAAGGACUUCUCGCACUUCCACGACCGCGGCAUGCCGCACGACAUCCCCAACGACCCCAUCACGGGCAACCUGGUGAUCCUGGAGGGCGCGCCGUGGCGCAGCCUGCGCACCACGCUCAACCCCGCCUUCAACGCCAGCAAGAUGCGCAUGCUGUUCCACCUGGUGAGCCAGUGCGCGGACCAGCUCGCCGGCUGCCUGGACGAGGUGGCCACCUCGGACCAGGUGGUCGACCUGCGCGACUUCCUCGCGCGCUUCGCCACCGACGUGAUCGGCACCUGCGCCUUCGGCGUCGACUGCAACUCGAUGCGCGACCCCGAGUCGGAGUUCCGCAAGUUCGGCGAGAGGAUCAUCUCGCCGCCCACCACGUUCAGCCUGGCGCGGCUGCUGCGCUACUCCGCGCCCGGACUGCUCAAGAUGCUCGGCAUCAGGAUCUUCGACAAGGACAUGACCGACUUCUUCAUCAGGGUGGUGAAGGACGCGCUCGACUACCGCGAGAAGAACCACGUGCAGAGGAAGGACUUCCUGCAGUUGCUCAUCAACAUGAAGAACAACGUGGACGUGAACGAGGACGACGACGAGGAGGAGAAAGAGCAGCAUCGCCUGGAGAGAGAGGCGGACCGGAACAACUUGGACUACGGAGCCAAGGGCAAGUGGAACUACGACAUAGAGUUCGACGACAACAUGAUAGCAGCGCAGGUGUGCGUUUUCUUCCUGGGCGGCUUCGAGACGGCUUCGACCACGAUGAGCUUCUGCCUGUACGAGCUGGCUCUGAACACAGACCUUCAGCGACGCGUGCGCGAAGAGGUGGACCAGGUGGUGCAGCUGCACGGUGGCAAGAUAACAUACAACACCUUGCAAGACAUGGAAUACCUUGAUCUCGUCAUCAAAGAGACGCUGCGCAAGUACCCGGCGCUGCCCAACCUGAUCCGCGUGUGCACCAAGGAGUACCGCAUCCCGGACAGCGACGUGACCGUGGAGAAGGGCACGCCCAUCAUCGUGCCCAUCUACUCCAUCCAGCGCGACCCGCAGUACUACACGGACCCGGAGCGCUUCGACCCGGAGCGCUUCCGCGAGGACAACGUGGAGAAGCGGCCGCCCUACACCUACAUGCCCUUCGGCGAGGGCCCGCGCAUCUGCAUCGGCCUGAGGUUCGGCAUGAUGACGGUGAAGAUGGGUCUGAGCACCAUGCUGUCUCGCUACGAGUUCAGCGUGUGCGACAAGACCGCCAUACCGCUGCAGAUGGACACCACCAAGUUCGUCAUGAACACCGUGGGAGGCAUCUGGCUGCAAGUUCAGAGGAGGCAGCAGUGAAGCUGGCCUUCGAGUGUUCGUUUCUGGACUCCGUGGCCGCGUCUUGUGGCCGGAUGACUUUCUAUAGCCAUCAGAAACACUCGCGUGACAUGUUCCUCAGACACAAGCUAUGCUGGUUGCAUCGGAUCUGAACCAUUUAAGCCAAAGUAGGUCAUAUUUAAGCUUACCACCUCCUCCUAAAAGUAGAACACUGAAAGAUCACUGGUAGCAAAUUAUGAAAAGUCCUUAAAUAUUUCCUCAAAUUAUUAUUUUUUUUAUUAAAGCAGCCCAAAAUCUGUAUGUUUCUUCUUUAACCACGCACCAGUUGCUGCUUCUCAAGUGCUCGACUUAUCACUUCCAGGCUUCAAUUUCUUGCACAAAAGAAAUAGCUCUUGGUAAAAAAAAAAAAAUCAUUACUGCGCUUCAUAAAGACUUUUCACUCCGGGUUUGAAGUUUCCCACUCCCGGCAGGGAAAUGCUUGUUUUCACGCACCUUAGAGCAAACCAGCAAGAUCGUCACGGCUAUGUUUAUCAGUCGUAUUGUCGGUGCCUGACACGGAGGUACAAGAGAAAGGUCCAUCGCAUUCUUAUAACUGGCACAUCGUCCAUCUGUAAACAGUGUACAGAUUUGGGUUCCAAAGAGAUAUGGAUAAGUCUUUAAGUUUUAUCAAGUUUUUAAAAACAUGAAAAAUUUGUAAACUUAAACAAGAUAGGCAUUAUUUGUAUGUUCCAUGUCAUGUAAAACAUCGACCACAUUGUGUUCUUCUAACACCAACAUAGUAGCCUUUAAAACACAUUAGCGACUUAUUUUUACCUGUAUACAAUGAACCAAAAAGUAAAGAUAGUACCUAGCCAUGUACUGUUACUAGAUUUAUUCAGCCAAGGUCCAAGUUAGAUGUUACAGAGCGAUUCUUAUCUUCUACAUAAAAAAAACUACCACUUGUUUACGAUUAACAGCAUAACAGUUACUCUGAACUGAUGAAAACAAAGAUUUGUACGUUUAUUCACAAAUGGUACUACAACAUACACAUAUGUUUUUCCAAAUAUGGUUAAAGUUAGACUGUAUUUUGACACAGGCUAUAUUCAAGUGCACUACUAAUGAAAAUUAAUAUCAUUACUACCGUGAAACCCGUAAAAAAAAGUUGUAUAAAAUGAUAUAACUUCAAAACCGUGCGAGCUGUUUUCGCUGUUGCAUGCCAUUCAAUACUGACACACACUAUAUAUAUAUAUAUAUAUAUAUAUAUAUAUAUAUAUAUAUAUAUAAAUUGUGCGUCUAUACAUAUCACAGACACUGUUUCUUGACAUUGCCGUCUGAGACCAAGUUAGGACAGCUGAGAUGAGUUUGUCGUCAUGGUAUUUUCUUAAACUUUUCCAGCAGAUGAGUUUAAAUAUGUUUAAAUAUUGUGUGGUUGAAAAAGUUUAACAGAAGAAUAUACAAAUAUUAAUGUUAUGUUCAUCAGCUCUUUGAGAAGUGUUUCCAUAAAAUGGUUCCCUGUGGUCUUUUAUAUUGCUGAAAAAUAAAUCCCAUCAAAAAUAUGUCUUUUUCAUUUCAACAGGAAGAUUAUUAGACUAUUUUUUUUGCAGAUAAUUCACGUGUUUUAAUGGAUAAAAGUGUUAAUGAAACGAGUAAAGAUAUUUUAGACUAAAGUUAGUUGUGCCAUGCUGAGUCCAUGAUGGAUGGUCCAUAUCCAUCAAUAUUCUAUGGGUCUAAAUGUUUUUCAUGCUGAUAAAAUUGAUCUUUUAGUUCAAACAGGAAACUGUAGUUUUCCUUGCUAGCUUAAGUACACUCAUUAAAAUUAUAUCCCUUUAAAAAUACUUUUAAUUUCAUGUAUAUUCCACAAUAUCAAUAUUAGGCCGGAUUUAGCUAAGAAAAUUUUUCACAAGCAGUAAAAAAACUAACAAAUACUUUAAAUAGCAUUCGCCUGUUUGUAUAUUAAACUACAGUACCAUAUAAGCAACCUAAAACCAAAUAAAUGGUUUCAAUUAAUGCAAACAUAUCAAUACGAUUGACUUUGGUAGCUUUUUUUUGUG